GGUGUUGUGGGUGGAGUGAUGAUCAUUACACCCAAUAAUGUGAUGUUCGACCCGCACAAGUCUGACCCGCUGGUGAUCGAGAACGGCUGUGAGGAGUACGGGCUGAUCUGCCCCAUGCAGGAGGUGCUGUCCGUCGCUCUGUAUGAUGACGUGUCCCGCAUGAAGAUCAAGGACGCGCUGCCCUCUGAUGAGCCUCAGGAUCUCUGUCCGUUGUACAGGCCGGGCGAGUGGGAGGAGCUUCCGUCCGAGCAAGAUCUCAACCCUUUCAGUCGCUAUGAGUCUCUGGGCUCGUCCAGCCUUCCGAUUGUGCUGGACGACAUCGAAACGGCCGUCGUCGACGCUUCAGACAGCCAGAUCGCUGACAAAUCUCCAUCUGAUGAGGGUUUCACCGAACUGGAGCUGCUGCAGAGCGACUCCAACACCUCCUGCUCCGGUCUGCAGGGGGCGAUGCUGCAGGAGCACACAAAAACACCCGAGGACGAGGAUGAAGGACUUCACAACAGAUCCACCGACGAUAGUGUUGAAGUGACCAAAAGAAGGAGCCAAAUGUUCGCAAAUAGACCGAUUGUUGAGGAGAGUAAAGGGUCAAACGCGGAACUUUCUGAAGCUGAGAAGCGCAAACGUGCGAAUGAAGCUGAGAUGAAGAGCUGGCUGCUGAAGAGAAUGCAGAAACCAAUCGAAGACAUGCUGCUGUCCAAUGAGGAGAAGAGCAAAGCUCCGCCCAUGUUCCUCUGCUUUAAGGUGGGGAAGCCAAUGAGAAAGUCCUUCGCCAUUGGUCGGACGUCUAGCCCCACCCACUCCUACACUAGCAGAGGACGCCACCUGGAGUACUGGUUCGCUGUGCCUCAGGAGAGGGUGGACCACCUGUACUCGUUCUUCAUCCAGUGGUCUCCAGACACGUACGGUAAAGAUGCGCAGGACCAGGGCUUUGUAGUGGUGGAGAAAGACGAGCUCACGAUGAUCGACAACUUCUUCAGUGACCCGGUGCCUCGUAGCUGGGAGAUCAUCACCAUUAAUGAGGCCAAGAGACGGCAGAGCUUCAGCUUUGAGGACGAGGAGCCUGUGGAUCUCCUGCCAGCACUGCUGGACCCAAGUGCACUGCUAGAGGACACACACAUUGAGAAGUUGUCCACUCGUCUGCCAGCCCGUGUUCAGGGUUAUCCGUGGCGUCUGGUCUACAGUACAGUCGUACACGGCACCAGCCUGAAAACACUCUACAGGAACCUGAUGGUGCUGGACUGUCCUGUGCUGAUGGUCAUCAAAGACAUGGACAACCAGAUUUUUGGAGUGUUUUCCACACACCCUUUCAGAAUGAGUGAACACUACUAUGGCACAGGAGAAACCUUCCUCUACAGCUUCUGCCCCGAGAUUAAGGUGUACCGCUGGACAGGGGAAAACUCCUACUUUGUAAAAGGGAACACAGAUUCUCUUCAGAUUGGAGGAGGAGAGGGUCUGGGGCUGUGGCUGGACGCUGAUUUCUACCACGGCACCACCUCCAGAUGCUCCACCUUCAACAACCAGCCGCUGUCCUCCAAACAGGACUUCACCAUCCAGGACCUGGAGGUUUGGACCUUCGAGUGAGCCACACACAUCACAUCCACACACUUUUACGAGCUCACGGCAUGACUGAUUUAAACCUACAGAAAGUGCAAAUCCAUUCCUACUUGCUGAUCUGGUUUAGAGAAAGAAACUUGUGGCUGUUUUAACCACUCACAGCUAUCCCAGCAUGCAAUAUCCUCAAGAGAUGUUCUCCUGCUGAAGUAUAACCAACACACAUAUAUAAGUGUACGUGAAUGACGAGGAAUGGCUUUCUGGACUGCGUAUGAUUCUCGGGAAAUACAGUUUCGCCAAAUAUUUUGCGUCAAGGCCAGUCGCACAGCGCAAAAGUGUAUUUUGGUUACAUUUCGCUGGUUCGUUUGCCGCGUUUGGAGCUGGUAUAAAUGUGAUCGACGUCCUCCUGCCAGUAUGUGGGUUUUGUUGACCAAAGCAUUUUUAUUUGCCUUGUUCUGCAAUGUUUUAUAUUUGGUUUUCUAUUUGAGUUUUUUAUAUACAUAUAAAUGUCUGUAUAAAUAUAAAUGUAUAUAUAUAUAUUGGACGUGAUGUGUAAGCAUCUGCGUGAUGAUCCUUUUACUGAUCUGACAUAUUUUAGGGACGUUUUCUUGCAUAUUUGGAAAGGGAAGCAGGUGAAAUGAAGAGAUGCCAGUAUUAUUUGUGAACACUAUGAUAAACACGCCGGAUUUUCCUUUCAGGUUUUUUUUUUCAUUCAGGUUCACCACUUCACUGUGUGUUUGUGUAUGCAAUCACUCAUUGACUGAUGUCACUUCCUGUUUCGUGGUAGCACGAUUAUAUGGGCUCACCUUUUGAUGCAGAUGCACAAUUGCUGGAGUUGAAGCGAUAGUUCAUACAAAGAUGUAAAAUUACAGAGGAUGAGGCUCUCUGAGAUGGGUUUUUCUUCAUUAGGAGAUUAAAGACGAUUUUGAGCUGAAUCUGUGGUCCUUGGUGAAUCGUUUAGUACAAGUCAACCUGUUUGAAAGUUAAAAACCACUAUAAAUGGCUCUUAUGAAGGCAAAUGAUCACGCUGUGCAGGAAAUCCAACAUUAUUUACAAUAAAAUUAGAUUUAAUCU